AUGGGUGUUGAUGACCUCAUCAAACAUACAGAGCCGCGCGAUAGUAACGGUGUCCUGCACCUAGCAUCAGUGGCCAUCGACUCGGACAUGUUCGAGUUCCUCAUAGUUCAAGGAGCCCGUACAGACGUGCAGGACAGGAGAGGGCGGACGCCGCUGAUGCUGGCCGCAGAGCUCGGACACGUCGGCAAGAAGAACGCAGACAUGAAACUUGUAGACAAAGAAGGGGCACUGUUCCCACUCCGCCAGCCUCCUCAAACUCAGCAGUCAAGAAAGCAAAGAAGAAAGACAGCGUUAUCUUGCACAGCACUCACCAGUGAUCACCAGCGGCAAGCUCAACAAAUUGGACAACAGUUUUGUGCCAAGAACAACUUGGCAGAAUCAGCUGACUACCAGCCAACUAAUAGAAAGGCAAGCAGGAGGCAGCGCUUUACCUACGAGGUGGAAUUUGAUGACUUCAAGAUGCCAUUCAAUAAAACUAUUCAGAAGAAGUCGUUGGAGCUUGAAUUUACUGAAUAAAGGUGAAGACCUAGUCAAAAAAACAGCUGAUGUUACAUUUCUGAAAUAUAAUUUGUGGUGCUUACUAAGGCAAGAAUCACUAAUAUUAUUGCUCAUAUUUUGGGUAAGGGAUCUGAACAGACCCCUAACCCUAAUUACUUAACUUUGGUGCAUAGCAACGAACACGAAUGAUCGCGCCGCUUAUUGAGGGUGUUGUGCUUUUACUUUUCUAAGCAGUCAAAACAUUUUGCAACCUGGUCUCAUAGAAUCAUCUUAUCAUCCAUAGAAUCAUCCUCAUGUAUUCAGAUAUAAGACAAAGGCAGGCCUAAUACAGUCGUAAAAACCUAACUCAAGCCCCCACCUUCCAAGUCCUAAAUCUUACUGAUAAAAAUCGUGCCAAAAUCAAACAAAGGGAGUCCAAAACAGACUACAAAUUCAUGAAGCCUUGCUCACUAAAGGAUCGAACUCUCAACUCCUAUUGGAUGAGGCACACAACAGAACGUCCCUCAAACAUGACAUCAUCAGGAGUUGAAAUACCUCUGAAAUGUUUCGUGAGUUGCUUCCAGCGACUUUGUUCACCGAAUAUAGACGUAGCUCUUUGCUGCUCUCAGGUGCAACCUCGUGGCACAAGGAAGUAACGUCCGACUUGAAACUGUAGCCAUACAAUCUCCAUCUCGCUGGACGAGUUGAGAUUACUCUGUGUUCAACCGAACACUCUAACGGAUCCGAAGGAGACCGCCGAGCAAUUAGCAUCUUCAUCCGUUUGCCUACAGAAGUGAAGAGAUUAAAGAUCUCUCUUCCAUCUUCAAUCAAGUCGACAUUUCUGAGUUCUCCGCCAGCCCGCCGAGAAUCAACAGCCGUACCGCCCGCCGACAGAGCGAGGAAACGGCCUCCUGUCCCCUCGAACCUCAAGGAACCGGGUCAGAGUUAAAGGACAGAGGAAAACACAUUCUACCUGUGUCCUCAUGCGAUUCAAGUAAGAGGUUUACGUCUGGGCAGAGAUUGAAUAUUAUAGUGUGUUAUUCUUGUGUUUCAAGGUUUUUGCUUGUACAGUUUACGGACCGCCAUAUCCGCUCAUUAUUAAUACUCACAAUAUUAUUAUAAUAUUUAAUUACAAUAAUUAUCACAAAUUUGUUUUGCUGUAUUGUGGUCCAACCAAAUAGGACUGUUGUGCAAUUUCGCCAUUGCGGGUGAGACAGCAACUGAGUUCAUCCACUAAAGAGUCAAAUAACGCGGGACUUUUACGAGCCAUCCACCGCGUCUCUGAGUGAUAAACACAGCUGCUUUCUCUCCCACUAUCGCGAAAUCGGCUUUAGGGCUGUCACUUAAUCAUCUCUCUCUCUCUCUUACUAAUCACACACACACACACAAACACACACACACCUUAUGUGUUAUAGGAUUAUUUUGAUUUCCAUAUCUAAUCAUAUCACUGUUUAGUUUGUAGUUGUAAGU